AGGAGAGGAAGCAGGACUCGCACGAACCAAGCAAGCAAGCAAGCGAGAGUGAGCGAGCGUGGUUGGUGGCUUGCUUUCUUUGUGGCUGCGACAGGUCUCGAGUGCGUGUGUGCAUGUGCGUGUGCCUGUGUGUGCCAUGCGAGACAACACGGGGGGGACACAGCAAGUGACGGGUGCAUUGCGUUGCGUUGAUUGAAGGAGGGCGACCGAGAGAGACGGAGGGAUGAGGAUUGCUGGGCUUCGCCGCAGGUGCGGCGGGGGCACGCUUGUGUCACUGGCACUGGUGCUGCUUGUGGCUGGAAGCGUGGUGAUGCUGCUUGCUCCUCGUCCUCCACAACACAAGACGUGGUUCACGGGCUGGGCCCGUCAGAGUGGUGGCAGUGGGCACACUGGUGCUCGGCGACGACGUCGUGUGGGCAUCGGCGAGGAUGGCAGCCUUGAUGUGGCUGGUGACGGCGACAGCGGUGCUGCUGGAGGGCGGUCAGGGCUGUUUGGGUUUGCGCAAGUGGGUGAACCAGACACGGCAGUGGUUCGCAAGCUGGUGAUCAGCCAUGGCCUUCCUCCCGGUGGCUGUGAUACCGUUCACUUGGCCGCCGUCUCCGUCGGCUACGCGCAGUCAGCGCACCUGCGAACCAUGCUCAAGAGCAUCCUCCUGCACCGGUCCUUGCCCAUCCACCUUCACGUCAUCACAGAUGACGCGACGCUGCCUGUGCUGGAUGUGAUGCUGGGCACAUGGGGCAUUCGUGCGUUCAACUAUACCCUGUACCCCGGCGACCGCCACUUGUCUGCCAUCUCGUGGGUGGAGACGAGCCACUACUCGGGCCAGUAUCCGCUCCUGAAGCUCUUGCUUCCUACGCUGCUCGCAGACGUGCAGCACGUGAUUGCGCUGGACACAGACCUGACCUUCCGCGCAGACAUUGCUGAGCUCUGGCGCAUCUUCGCCAUGUUUGAGGCCGAAGAGGCCAUCGGCGUCGUCGAGAACUUGUCAGGUGGGGAACGGAGAGGCGGGAGGCGACUAUGCAUUUGGCGCGCGCGCGCGCGCGUGUCACCGCAUUCACCUCUGUGUAUGGCCUCCCUUUCUUGUCGUCGUUCGCAGCGAAAUUGGGCGAAUGUGUGGCGCGACACGACGCGUGCUGUUCUCUCUGACAAUCGUAUUGGCGUCACGGCCACUGCUCUCGCUGACCAGGACAUUAUCAACGCCGUCCUCAACCAGCACCCAGAGUGGAUGCUGCUGCUGUCGUGCGUGUGGAAUUUUCAGCUCAGCGAACACUCGCUGGCGCAGACGCAGUGCUCUGCCCGCGACGCCCUCGUCGUGCACUGGAACACACGCGCAAAGGACAUGCAGGCCACACUGCUGGACGACAAUGCGUUUCGUGCCCUCAGGGACGCGUACGAGAUCUCUCGGCGCGUUGACGGGGCCCUGCUCACCAGCACAACCCUCGACGUCGCAUGUGACAGCCACACCACGGCUGUCAACAACCGUCAGCAGCAGCAACAAAUACAAAUACAGCAGCAACUCCAACACCAACACCAACACCAACAGCAGCAGCAACAGCAAAAAGAGCUUGAGAACCAAGGUGAGGAUGGUGGAGGCGGUCACACAAGGCAGAGUGCACACAGACAACCACGACCACAGCUGUCGGCAUUAUCAUCAUCGUCGUCGUCGUCAUCGCAAUCCUCCAUCCUGGGUGUGAUGGGCCAAACGUCCAUCCCGCGUGCUGUCCGAGUAGCCUGUCCUCCAACGUACCUGAGUGCGCUCCAAGCCCCACUCCGCGUGCACCCGUAUUUCAUUGCAUACGACGCGUCGCUGGAAACCGAGAGCGAGAUCACGCUGGUGACGCACUUCACCCUCGACCGACUGCAGGCGUUUGUCGCCAUGGCGGAGACGUGGCAGGGCCCCAUCAGCGCGGCCGUGUUCAUCUCCGAGCACGACGCGUUCACAUCGCUGGCGGCGCUGCACCUCACCAACGUGGCGCUGCACGUGGUGUACCAGGACCCAGACCACGACGGCAGCCUGUACCCGAUCAACCGCCUACGCAACAUGGCCAUCUCGCUGUGCCGCACGCCAUACUUCCUGCACCUCGAUGUCGACUUCUCGUUCCGGUCGGAUCUUCACGCCGUCCUCGGCCGCCACGUCCGCGCCGUCAGCAUUGGCGAACUCAACAUCGAGGCGUCGAUGGGUGCAGCGCGUGGCACGGCGCUCGUGGUGCCGGCAUUUGAGUCUGUGUCGUACAAGCGUCACGUCCCCGACACGAAGGAGCGGUUGCUGUGGGAGCUCAGCACAGGCCAGAUGCAACCGUUCCGGGUGAGCGAGUGGCCCCAGGGACACAGCGCAACCGAUUUCGCAAGAUGGAAGCAGGCAGAUGCACCCUACCUCAUCCAGCACCAAUCAGGGUUUGAGCCGUAUUUGGUGCUGCCCAAGACGGCGCCGCCCUUUGACGAGACGUUUCUUGGGUUUGGAUGGAACAAGGUCUCGCACAUCGAGGAAUUGGUCGCUGCCCGCUUCAACCUGUUUGUUGUUCCGGAUGCAUAUGUUGUGCACACGCCACACCACGCGUCUGCUGACCUGCACGCGUUCCGCGCCAACCACGCGUACCGGCACUGUCUCGGGGCAGUGCUCGCCUCUGCCCGCACGCGCAUCGCACACACGUACGCGCCCCAGGGCAGCCAGCACAUGCACAGGCACGGCCUCGCGCACGCUGAUGGUGGUGAUUAGGUGUGCGUGUGCGUGUGCGUGCGUUUGUAUAAUUGCUGUGUCUAACUAGCCACACAACUAGGGAGAGUACUGGACCAGGUCGCCUUGAGCGAUGUUAUUGAACUUUGUAUGCACGUGGAGGUGCUGCGGUACCGUCACGAACUAAACAACGAUAAAAACAAACAAACAACGA